UAUAAAUAGCUCGCCGUAGUCUUCCGAAAUCUCUGCCCAAAGAAAGAACAGAGACGGAACGAGAAAAGGUAAGAAGGCGACUCCCUGGUCUUGGAUUUAUUGGACUCCUCCUCCCCUUUCUUCUUGUCACCCCGUCGUUACAUGUCGAUUUGAGAGGAAAGGUCAGGUCCCGAAGAAGAGGACUCCUUGGGUUCUGACAUGGAGCAGAGGGGCUUGCUGAUGUCGGUCCUCGGGGUCGGGGUCGGGGUCGGGCUGGGGAUCGGCUUGGCGUCGGGGCAGGCAGUCGGCAAGUGGGCCGCGCCGGCAGGCUCGUCGUCCGAUGGGGUCACCGAGGAGGCCGUUGAGGCGGAGCUUCGGAGGCGGGUCGUGGAUGGGAGGGAGACCAAAGUUACCUUCGAUGAAUUCCCUUACUUCCUUAGCGAACAGACCAGAGUUAUAUUAACUAGUGCAGCUUAUGUUUACUUGAAGCAAACAGAUGUCCUAAAAUACACCCGAAACCUUACCCCCGCAAGUCGGGCCAUUUUGCUCUCAGGUCCUACAGAGCUUUAUCAGCAGAUGCUAGCCAAGGCUCUCGCCCACUACUACGAGGCUAAACUUCUGUUGCUAGAUGUGACUGAGUUCUCAAUCAAGAUUCAGAACAAAUGUGGGGGUUGCAACAAAGAUAUGUUUGUUAAGAGAUCAAUGUCAGAAGCAACAUUGGGGAGGCUUUCUGGUAUACUUGGAUCUUUGUCAACCAUUCUCCGCAUGGAAGAAUCUGAAGGAAUGUUCCGUAGGCAAAGCAGCAGUAUGGAGCUGAGGCAAAGAAGACCAGAUUAUGCUAAUAGCACAAAUGAGCUUCCUAAGACUGCUUCGUUCUCAGCUGAGAUGGGUGGCCUUACAUCACAACAUGGUUCUAGAAAUAUGGUCACCCCAAAACGAUCCAGCUGUUGGUCCUUUGAUGAGAAAAUUCUUAUACAUUCACUUUAUAAGGUUCUCAUUUUGAUCUCCAAAAGUAACCCAAUUAUCCUUUACAUAAGGGAUGUUGAACACUUCAUCUGUAGAUCAGAAAGGGUAUAUUCAUUGUUUCAGAAAAUGUUGACAAAGCUAUCAGGACAUGUGAUAAUACUUGGUUCAAGGUUGUCAGAACCUGACAAUUGUUGUAAAGAUGUAGAUGCAAGACUUACUACUCUUUUCCCUUACAAUAUAGAGAUUAAACCUCCAGAAGAUGAGAACCAUCUGGUUAGCUGGAAGUCCCAGCUAGAGAAAGAUACUAAAACAAUUCAGAUUCAGGACAACAGAAAUCACAUCACAGAGGUUCUUGCAGCGAAUGAUCUUGAGUGUGACGAUUUGGGCACAAUCUGCCUAUCAGAUAUAUUGGUUCUUAGUACUUAUAUAGAGGAAAUUGUCGUGUCAGCAGUUUCUUACCAUUUGAUGAAUAACAAGGAUCCUCAAUACAGAAAUGGGAAGCUUGUUAUCACUUCAAAGAGUUUAUCACAUGGCUUGAGUAUAUUCCAAGAUAGUAGGCUAUGUGGCAAGGAUACCCUCAAGCUGGAAGCAAGUGCUGAAUCUGAGGAAGAUGUAAAUGAAGAUGCUCGAACUGCCACAAAACCUGAAAAUAAUGGUGAAGCUUUACUUCCUGGAAACAAAAGUGAGACAGAGAAAUCAACGACACUUGUGAAAGAUGGGGAGACCUUAACUCCAAUAAAAGUGCCCGAAGUUGCUCCAGACAAUGAAUUUGAAAAGCGGAUCAGACCAGAGGUUAUCCCAGCUAAUGAAAUUGGAGUCACAUUCGAUGAUAUAGGCGCCUUAGAUGAAACAAAAGAAUCUCUUCAAGAGCUGAUCAUACUUCCCCUUCAACGACCAGACCUAUUUAAAGGUCUUUUGAAACCCUGCAGAGGAAUACUACUGUUUGGGCCACCUGGGACUGGGAAGACGAUGCUUGCAAAGGCCAUAGCAAAUGAAGCUGGGGCCAGUUUUAUCAAUGUUUCUAUGUCCACCAUCACUUCAAAAUGGUUUGGAGAAGAUGAGAAGCAUGUUAGGGCCUUGUUUACGCUUGCUGCAAAGGUUGCCCCUACUAUAAUAUUUGUGGAUGAGGUUGAUGGCAUGCUUGGACAGCGAACUCGGGUUGGAGAACAUGAAGCAAUGAGGAAGAUCAAGAAUGAGUUCAUGACACGGUGGGAUGGACUUUUAACAAAGCCUGGUGAAAGAAUCCUUGUUCUUGCAGCAACAAACAGACCCUUUGACCUUGAUGAAGCAAUCAUCAGAAGAUUUGAGCGCAGAAUCAUGGUUGGACUACCAUCCCUGGAGAGCAGGGAAUCAAUAUUGAGGAAACUUUUAUCAAAAGAAAAGGUUGAAGGGCUUGACUACAAGGAGCUUGCGACCAUGACAGAGGGAUACAGUGGCAGUGAUCUUAAGAACCUCUGCAUUACAGCAGCAUAUCGUCCUCUUAGAGAGCUGAUUCAGAGAGAAAGAUCCAAGGAAUUGGGGAAGAAGCAGAAAACUGAGGAAGGUGAGAGUUCAUCAGCGGGUUCAGAAAAUAGGGACGAGGAUGAUCAACCGGCAAUUGCCCUGAGGCCAUUAAAUAUGGAUGACUUGAGGCAAGCAAAGAAUCAAGUUGCUGCAAGUUUUGCUGCCGAGGGUUCUGUAAUGAAUGAGCUGAAGCAGUGGAAUGAUCUGUACGGGGACGGUGGCUCUAGAAAGAGACAACAAUUAACAUAUUUCCUUUGAAGUAUACAUGCGUAUAGACAUAGAAUUGCUCUUGCAAAGCGAGGAGAUCCAAGUGAGAAGUCAUGCACUUGUAUGUAGGUUGGAAUUGGUGUGUGGUUCACUGUUAGAUAUUACCUCAGGGAUCAAUUGCAGUGUAAAAUUCUUUUGUAAUAGUAUGUGUAUUUGAUAUUCAUUUAUGUGUUCCAAGUUGUAGUACACUUGUUUCUCUUUACGGUCUAUAAUUUAUCUCUACUCUUUUAAUUGAAA